AUGGCGAAAAAGGGGCAAAUCAAUAACCUCAGCGACGAUCAAGUUUCCCAAGCAAUAGCUGGGCCUCUCGAGAAAAAUUGUCAAUCAACGUCUGGCGUAAAGGUUCAAACGGCGCUUGAAUUGUCGGAGGAUAUAAACAUUUUAAACGAAAAUACGGAGUAUCGUAUAGAGUUCGAGGAUCUAUACUUUAAGGCGAUAGUAGAAGCAAAUAAAAUUAUGUCUCCAGGAAUGGUAAAAGAAACUACCUCUGAACGAGGAGAUAUGGCGAUGGCGAGCGAAAGAAAAUGGGCGUCGUUUUAUGAUACAUUUACGGCGCUAGUACAUACGCACCCGGACCUAUUACCCGUAUCAAAGUUUUUUCAUUUGCGCGAAGCGCUAUCAGGAGAGGCGGCUAACUCGAUAAGAUGUUUGGAGACAACGGCAAAUAAUUAUGAAAAAGCGUGGAGCAUUCUGUGUGCGAGAUUUAAUAACAAAAAGGUUCGAAUACAAGCCCACGUGAGGGCAAUAUUUGAGUUGGAUGCGCUGCAGAGUGACUCGGCAAUAAAACUUAGAUGUUUUUUCGAUGCGUUGUCAGGUCACAUGCGAGCUCUAGAGGCGUUAGAUCAAGAGCCGGAAAGUUGGGGCCCGUUAUUAAUGCAUUUAAUUAGUACCAAAUUAGACAAAAAAACGUUACAAGAGUGGGAGGCGGGCAGCCCUAAAGACAGAAUUGCCGAUGUUUCAGAGAUAAUGCAAUUCCUGGAAAAUCGAUUUAAAAUAUUAGAAGCCAUCGAAUCAACGAAAAACGUACAUAGUAGUACGCGAGGGGCUAUUGGUAACGGAUCGACAGGACAAGGCAAAUCGAACAAAUAUAAUAAUCUAUUUUCGUCUUUAAUGAUAAGUGCGGGUUUAAAGUGUUACGUGUGUCAGUUGCCACACACUAUCUAUAAAUGUCCAACGUUAAUUGCCUUACCGAUAAAAGAAAGAAUAAAUAAAGUAACUGAAUUGAAAUUAUUUCAAAAUAAAAAUGCAGAACAAGGUAUUAAAAAAGCAACUGAAAACGCGGAAGAAAGCACGUCGACGGCAUCGUCAUCAAUAAGUGCUCAUACGCUGGUACAAAAUUACGAGCAG